AUGCAGCUUCAUCAAAGUUUUUCUGAUUAUUAUGGCACAGUUGAGACUUUCAAUAAAACAAUUAACGAAACUAUAUGGGGGAACGGAAAUUAUUACAUACAUGAUGCAAUAUUUUCUUUCCAUUAUCAAAAUACAGCAAUUUACCUUGAUUCAAGCAGCAAAGUCUUACUCGAAACAUGCACAUUUUACAAUAACAGCUCCACACAAAAUGGUGGAUCAUUCUAUAUCGAGAAUUCUGACUGUUUUUUGGUUCAUAUUUGUAUAUUACUCUCAUCAAUUGUUUCAGGUAGUUUAGGUGGAUGUGGAUAUGAAAUUUAUUCAGUUGAAAAUAGUAACAACAAAAGUUAUGCAUUUGAAAGUUCAAUUUCACAAUGCAAUGGACACCAUGCCUCUUUUUAUCAUUUUCAUGGAGAUAUCAAAGUAAGUAACAUGAAUACAUCUUAUCACAAUGAAAUUACUUGGUUUGCUGCAUAUAUAAUGCAAGAUCCAACAGGGACAGGAAUUAUUAAUUUCACAACAGCUUCAAAUAUUUCAUCUCCAAAUGCUGGAAUGGCCAAUUCUGGUGAUUUGAAUAUUACAAAAUGUAAUUAUUUAAACAAUGAUUGUAGAAAAAGUAAUUCAAUAUUUUCUCUUUAUGGUUCAGUUACAUAUUCAAGUUGUUCAUUCAUAGGAAAUAAAGGAAAUUAUUUAUUUGAAAAUAAACCAACUAUUGAUAAUUGUUACUUUAAUAAUAAUAAUGUAACUCAAACUAUCUAUAAUAAUGCAGAUACAUUUGAUUCAAUUGAACCAUUAGAUUCAUUUAUAUCUCAUUAUUCAACAUAUUAUUGUAUUGCUGCAGAAAUCAAAGAAAAUAAAGAUGAUACAUUUAAAAAAUAUAAAGAAGAAAAAUUCAAAAUGAAAAACAUCAAAAAUAUUGUUAAUAAAGUUUAUAGAACACCAUUUCUUGGAGCAGUAAAUCUAUCUGUUUUAAAAUAA